GAUCAUAUCUGUACAUAACAACUAACAAACUGUUUAAUAACUGGAAUCAAUAAACAACACAAUUCAACACACUAUUAGAGACAGUUUACAAUUAAAGCCAUGUUUUAGCUGUGACGAAAAUAAUCUAACCGAACUUUAAGUUGUAGUUUAAGUUAAAUUGUAAAUUCUAACCUCUACUACAUUAUGAAUUUGGAAGAGAAAAUAAAAGAAAUAGGUUCAAUAUGUAUUCCUGGAAUGCGAUUGAGUUUAUCAAACAAAGACAACGUAUCAGGGCCGGGAACCUAUGAAUUGAAAGGAUAUAUUUAUGCGGCUUUAGCUGGAAUCCUGAAAACAGAAGAGGAUGAAAACACCAAAGCUAAUAUAAUUUCAGUAGAAAGUUCAAGAACACCAAGUGUUUUACCCAACACAGGUGACAUAGUAACCGCAAAAGUAACAGUUGUAAAUCCAAGAACUGUACAAUGCCUAAUCCUCUGUGUUGGCCCUUCAGUACUUGUUAGAAUGUACAAAGGAAUAUUAAAGAAAGAAGAUAUAAAGGCAACAGAGAAAGACAGAGUUGAUCCAUAUAAAUGUUUUAGACCUGGAGAUAUUAUACUAGCCAGAGUUUUACCAAUGACGGAAAUCCACUGGUACCAAUUAUCGACUGCAGAAAAUGAACUGGGAGUUGUUAUCGCUACAGCUGAAGGAUCACCACAAGGGGUCAGCAUGGUACCAAUAAGCUGGUCAGAGAUGCAGUGCCCUAAAACUCUAGUCAAAGAACCAAGGAAAGUUGCUAGAGUUAUACCGGAAAAUAUAAAUCAAUCACUCUUUCCAGUUCAUUCAAAGCAAGACAAUCAUCAUACUGAUAAAUAAUUUUAAUUUCAAUUACA